AUGCAUCCAAAAGAAAGUGAGGCACUAGAUGUGCGCAAGAUAGGUGUGUCAUUAUACAGGGAUGAAGAUCCAUGUGAUGAAGACGGUGAUCAUAAGGGUGUGCUCCAUGUGAUGAAGGCGGCGAUCAUAAGGGCAAAAGCCCUGUACCCGACGUUGAAGAAGGCAGGAAGGUUCUGGGACAAAGGCAUGACACACCUGCACUUUCUCAUUCGUCACAGGGUGGGUGGUGCAUGGAAAGUCAGGCAGUCUAAGGCUGAACGGUGGACCAUUGAAGGCCUCCUGGUCCAAGAGUCUUGCCAUAUCAGGGGAGUAUUAUUAGAGAGUGCAAGGGUGAUUCAGAGACAACAUGAAACAAUUUAG